AUGUAUCUACCAAACACACGCUGGACGUGGUCGUUUGUCAUCGUUACCACGGUACAAGCGGCCUGCAUUCUUGCAUUUGAAUCAUACAUCUUUGCGAGAUUCCAACUUCAGCUUAUGGGAGAUUCGUCGCGGAAUACCGAAUCGAAAACGAUACCGACAUUCCUUACCCUCUAUAUUUUCGGUUUCGUUUACGAGCUCGUUUUGGUUUACGAUGCACUGCGGCUGAAAAAUACCAUCCAGGUCAUUGGACUAUGUAUCUGCAACUUUGGCCUGCUCAUCUAUGGCGCCGUGCAAAUCGACCAGAUUGAUACUUCGGUAACACUACUAUCUGACCACAAGCUCAUCCACCCAGAAGUAUUAUCCGAGAUUAGGCCAUUCCUUAUUGCGAUUCCAUGUAUCACUGCACUUGGAACCGUUGGUAUGGGUUUCCUUGCUUGGAAAUUGUACGAUGAAUUCGCAUGGACAAUCUACAAACAUAUCAGCGCUGAUUUGCGGAUGAAGCGCCGCUAUCUUACUUAUCAGAUCUACAUUGCUCUGCUGAAAUUUGAUUUCUUCUUCUUCCUCGGGUUUACUGUCCAGUUUGUCGUUAUUGUGACAGAUACCAAGACUGUCGAGUUUGCUCUCACCCUGGCUGCCAUUCCAGUAACUAUCUUGAUCUUGGUUAUGGCCGCAUUCUGGACUCGACGUGAGAAUACAGUUGGCAUGGUGAUCGUCAUUUUGCUCUACUUCGGUGGCUUUGCCUACUUCCUUUUCAAGCUAAUCCGCAUGUACUCUCCGGAGAAGCAGGAGGCUUACCUCCCUGCUCGUCGAUCUCUUACCUUCUUCGCCGUUGCAACCAUCAUCCUCAUCGUAAUGACCAUUGUCAACGCCAUACUGUGUACUCUCAACUUCAACAAGGGGUUGAAGCCACACAUCACCAGCAAGAAGAAACCACGCGGUGCUGAGAAGGAAGGCACCGAACUUCAUGACCAGUUCUCAUCACACCCAGUGCCCACUCGCAUGACAAUCGAUUAA